CAUUUUUCAUUUCAGGCGAUCGCUUAUUUAUCGAAUGAUCUAUUUUCGAGCUUCAUCCUUCGCGAACGGUCUGUACACUUCAGGAUCCCGCUCCAUGUCAUAACGGAAUGCAUCAGUAUGCACACGGGCUCUGGAGCUACUCUCAAGAUGACGUAUGAUGGUGGUGGCGAACCGGUGAAGCUGAUUCUUGAAGAAGACGGCAUAGUUGUUGAUAUGAGAGUACAGACGUUAACAACGGAAGAGAUUCUCGACUUUGAAUUCGACACAGAAGAUGUGACGUUCCAAGUCAUUAUGAAGUCGCACAUGUUGAAAGAAGCGAUAAAGGUG